UUUGUAUAGCUCAGCAGGCGCUGAAUAGGAAAUCCGCUUGAUUUCAGCAGGAUCUCUCACUGUACAACAAUUCAUAAGACAAUACAAAAUACUUUCAAAAUUCGUAAGAUUACCAUUUUCAAAUGGCCAACAAUCUGAGCUCUAAGCAAGUCCAGGAGUUGCAGCACAAUUCCUCGGAACUAACCUUCAAGUCGAACUUUUCCGCCGGUUCCGUUAUCGAUGAUAUCUUAUCCAAGUCGCUGCCAACUCGCAUCUCAUUCCGAACUCUGGCCAGAAUUAUAAUGGCUCUGAUCGGAAGCCUCAAGAAGGCAACAUCAUUUCAUAGGGUGAAGGACAUAACCUACUGGCGUAACCUAGCCGAGUCCCGUGAGGAGACCAACAAGCGCUAUGGGAGGAUCAUCGAGAUGCAGCACAAGCGCAUCCACACCCUGGAGAGCAGGCUUCAGAUCCUGGUCACUUUGGCUCGCGAGACCCAGAAAAUGCUGGCCGAGAUUGGGGCCGAGAAGCGGGCCAGCGAGGAACUUGGCCAUGGCGAGCACGUCGAUUAGAUAGAUCAUUUUGUAUCAUUUCUACUUUCAAAUUGUCCUUAGUCUUUCAGUUAAUGCAAGUUGGUAUGUGAAGUUAAAUAAAUAAGAACUGAAAAUCAAGCGCAU